UUCAAAAGAGAGGCGUUUAAGAGGUUCUAGUAUUCUCCGAGGCUGAAGCUGAGAGUCUGAAAGCCUGAAGCUGAAACUCAAUUGUAGAUCAUAGCUCCAUCUCCUUCAGAAUAUAAAGAAAAGAAAUAAUAUUUCCACAAUGAUAGAUCUUUGGUUGUACAGUUACCAGAGGCUGCUACAGACCAUUGCUGUACUUGAGGCCCAGUGCUUUCAAGCCGUGCAAGACCUGGAAAGCUUAGGCCAACACCAGAGAGAAGCACUAAAAAACCCUAUUGGAUUUGUGGAGAAACUUCAGAAGAAGGCUGACAUAGGGCUUCCAUACCCACAGAGAGUUGUUCAGUUACCUGAGAUCAUGUGGGACCAGUACACCAAUAGCCUUGGGAGCUUUGAAAGAGAAUUUAAACACUGCAAAAGACACACUAGGAGCGUUAAGUUAAUUUCUGAUAAAGUGGGGUUGCCUGCUAGACCAAAAAGUCCUUUAGAUCCUAAGAAGGAUGGAGAAUCCCUUUCAUACUCCAUGUUGCCUUUGAGUGAUGGUCCAGAGGCUCCCAUAAUCGUCCUCAGACAGGUUGCCAGUCGUGUACAGAAGUAUUUCAUAAAGCUAACAAAGCCGGUUCCAGGCAGAACACCUAACUUAUAUAUAUACUCCAGAAAGUCCUCAACAAGCAGGCGACAGCACCCCCUUAAUAAACACCUCUUUAAACCUUCCACUUUCAUGACUUCACAUGAGCCACCAGUGUACAUGGAUGAAGAUGAUGACCGGUCCUGUCUCCAUAGCCACAUGAGCACUGCUGCUGAGGAGGCCUCAGAUGAAGAAAGCAUUCCUAUCAUAUAUCGGAGUUUACCUGAAUAUAAAGAACUAUUACAGUUUAAAAAGUUAAAAAAGCAGAAACUUCAACAAAUGCAAGCAGAAAGUGGGUUUGUGCAGCAUGUAGGCUUUAAGUGUGACAACUGUGGUGUGGAGCCUAUCCAAGGAGUCCGGUGGCACUGCCAGGACUGUCCUCCAGAAAUGUCUUUGGAUUUCUGUGAGUUUUGUUCAGAUUGCCCACAUGAAACANAUAUUCACAAGGAAGACCACCAGUUAGAACCUGUUUAUAAGUCAGAGACAUUCUUAGACAGAGAUUACUGUGUGUCCCAGGGCACCAGUUAUAGUUAUCUGGACCCCAACUAUUUCCCAGCCAACAGAUGA